AUGCCAUUCGUGAAGAAUUUUGGCCGCUGCAAGGCCGCAAGCUCGCUCACAACACAGUUCGUAGAUGCUUCCGCUGCACUCGCCUCGAUCCGAAUAAUCCCGAGCCGUCCAUUUAGUGUUACGGGUGUCGACUAUGCUGGACCGUUCUACUUAAAGCCGAUACACAAACGGGCUGCACCUGCGAAAGCGUAUCUGUGCCUCUUCAUUUGCUUCGCAACAAAAGCGGUUCACUUAGAGCUAGUCAGUGAUUUAUCAACGCCAGGUUUCCUGCUAGCAUUAAGGCGAUUUAUUGCUCGACGCGGUCGCCACAUCCACUCAGACAACGGCAAAAAUUUCGAAGGAGCCAAGAACGACUUGAACGAGCUGUUUGCCAUGCUGCGAAAAAGUGAGGAGAAUGAAAAAAAUGCUUCCUCGUGCGCUGCAGAAGGAAUCACAUGGCAUCUAACACCACCAAAAGCACCGCACUUCGGCGGCCUCUAG